AUGCUACCCGCUGCCCUUCUCCUUGCCGGCCUCGCUGCCUUCACCGUCCCAGCCGGUGCAUUAUGGCCAUUUCCAACUAAACGCUUCAGCAAGAAUGCUCUAUUAUCUGCGGGAUCAUUAGGAGUGGAAGGAAGAGUAGUUGCGUUUGGAGACUUCAAUGGAGAUCAGUUUCUCGACCUUAUGACGCUCGCGACGGACCAACGAACAUUAACCGUAUAUCUCUGGGAUCAUGAGUCCUUCAUCUACCGACGGUCUGCUUCCUUCAUCCACUCUGAACGAAUAUACAACGUCGUACCCGGAGACUUUACACAUGACGGAACCCUGGAUGUCCUAGUCAUGUCACAGAACUCCGCCUCUAACUCAUUAUCCUUAUCGCUAUACCCGUCUCUCCCAGGCGGAGGAUUCAGCAGAGAACCCAUAACAUCGACACCCUCCAGCCUCUCUCAACCUAUACCCCUCGACGUCGACGGAGACAUGAAGAUCGACCUUCUAGGCUCGGUACCGAACGACCCAUCACAUCUCAAGAUCUGGCAGAAUGUAUGGAACUCCUCUUCCUCUUCUGGAGAAUUAUACGACGUGAUAGACCCUCCACUGCCCAGCGCGUCAUGUAGGAUAUCGAAUCCGCAUAGUAAUGCGGUGGUCGAUCUGAAUGGAGAUUGCCUUGCCGACAUGUUCCUUGUCUGUGACGACUCGUCAUCGCAGAAGUCCUUCCAGAUCUGGGUGAACAACAAAGACGCUGGCUACAUGCUCGCGCAGAGCGGGAAGCUUCCUAGCGGCACCCAAUCUGUGACCUUCGCGGACAUUGAUCGCGAUGGUACCGUGGACAUGCUUAUCACGACCUGCGAUAGCGUCUCGCAGAGCAGCGGUCUGGGCACAAAGUGUGUAUUGAACGUCGCGUUCAACCAACAGCUCCCGCUGUGCGCACAAGGCUCCUCUUCGUUGUUCUCCGGACCAUCCGAGAAAGAGAAGGCUUCGUGUCGACGAGCGGACGCGCUAUGCGCUGCAGACCCGGACUUCAAGUUCUCCUUCGAGGGCGAUGGAUAUGUAUCGGUGCCGGUAUCAUCUAUCCUUGGACAGACGUCGUCAGGCCACGAUCGACUACUCGUAGUCCUCGAUACGUCAUUCACACCCUCCCUGCCCCUACCACCACAUCUAGGCGACGUCAACCUCGACGGCUUCCCCGACCUCCUGCUUCUCUCCGGAACAGCCCAAGACCGCACCCGCAGCGUCAGCAUAAUCGUCUCCGAACCCUGCGGCGGAAAGGGCGUAAUGGGCUGCGACGUACCCGGCGCCACCCGAGGAUGGAAAGAGCUCAACAAAGACGUGAACGUCCUCGCGAGCGUCGGCGACGCCCGAAGCGCGACGUUCAUGGACAUGGACGAAGACGGCACACUCGACAUCAUGAUCCAGCGCACGGGCGAACAAGGCCAAGGCAACAUCCUCUUCGUACAGAACAACUUCUACUACGACGCGUUCUUCAUGAAAGCCAUCACGCUCAACGGCGCAUGCAUCUCCGGCUGGUGCACACCUUCCGAUCCGACCAACGAUACGGCGUACCACCCCUUCGGCGUCUCCUACUCCGGCGCAUCGUACAAGUACACCGUCCUCGACACAUCCGGCUCGCGCUCAGCCGCCCAGAUCGCGCAACUCCCUCAAACGUCCUACCAGUCCCUCCUCACGCCAUACGCCUACUUCGGACUGGGGCGGACGAACAACUACAUCGAGAACCUGUUCGCGGGAUCGACGAAGCACGAUCAGCAACACUUUAUCAAUAUGGAGAUGGUCAUUCCGAACUCGAAGUUGGUUAUCAAUCCUGCGCCGAAGGGGGACGAGGGGGCGUGGAGGAAGGAGCUGUAUUUGAGGCCGGGGGAGUGGAUCCCUUGGGUGGGCGUUACGGUGUUGGUUACGAUGGUGCUGCUCGCGGGCGUGGUGUUCGUUUUGCAUCUGAAUGAGAAGCGCGAAGACGAGCUGGAGAGGAGACGAGCAUCACACCACAUCAACUUUGAUGCAUUGUAG